UCAACGGACAGAAUUUCUCGAUUAAUCGUGGAGUAGAUAACUCUCGCUCACUUUCGCUCUCAUGGAGAGGGAGACGCCGGAGCCCGCGGCGCCGGCGACCUUCCUCCGCGGUGAGGAGGGGGCCUCCCCGGAGUCGGCGCGCGCUAGGUUCGAGCGCAUGAUCCGGCGCGUGCAGGCGGAGGUCUGUGCGGAGCUCGAGGCGGUCGAGGGCGGUGCAAGCGACGGCGGCGGCGGCGGGGCGUUGUUUCGGGAGGACGCUUGGACGCGCCCGGGCGGCGGCGGCGGGAUCAGCCGCGUGCUCCAGGGAGGCCGCGUGUUCGAGAAGGCCGCGGUGAACGUCUCCGUGGUCUACGGAGUCAUGCCUCCUGAGGCGUACCGCGCGGCGAGGCCCGAGGCCGCGGCGGCGGCUGGAGGGGAGAAGGAUGGGCCGGUGCCCUUCUUCGCUGCUGGUGUCAGCUCGGUCAUUCAUCCAGUAAACCCAUUUGCUCCAACAAUGCAUUUCAACUACCGGUAUUUCGAAACAGAGGCACCUGAAGAUGCUCCUGGUGCACCUAGGCAGUGGUGGUUUGGAGGUGGUACUGACCUGACGCCUUCAUAUAUCAUUGAAGAGGAUGUCCGACACUUCCAUUCUGUUCAGAAACAGACAUGUGAUAAAUUUGAUUCUAGCUUUUAUCCUAGAUUCAAAAAAUGGUGUGAUGAAUACUUUUAUAUCAAGCAUCGUGGUGAACGGCGUGGGGUGGGUGGCAUAUUUUUUGACGAUCUUAAUGACUAUGAUCAGGAAACUCUCCUUCAGUUUGCUACAGAGUGCGCAGAUUCAGUUCUUCCUGCAUACAUACCCAUUAUAGAACACCGCAAAGACAUUCCAUUUACUGAGGAGCACAAGGCAUGGCAGCAGCUACGGAGAGGUCGCUAUGUGGAAUUCAACCUCGUUUAUGAUCGGGGAACCACAUUUGGCCUCAAGACUGGAGGACGGAUUGAGAGUAUCCUUGUUUCUCUUCCUCUUACCGCACGGUGGGAGUAUGAUCAUAAACCAGAAGUAGGGAGUGAAGAAUGGAAACUUCUUGACACGUGCAUAAAUCCAAAGGAAUGGAUCUGACUGGUUGAAAAGUGCAUGCUCUUCCAGUACCUUGUUUUUAAGAUGUCACUUUAGUCUUAGUGUUCCUUCAGUAUGUGCUUUUUUUCUAUUACAGUUAGUGUUAUUUCCUUGAAUGAGCAUACACGAUGCAUGUAAUAUAUAUGUCAUCAGUGUUUAUGAAUAAGCAGUCUCAGUUGUCAAAAGGGAGAAAAGUAAGACCAGAAAAAUAGGUCUUUCUGUUCAGAAGUGGACUUUCAAAAGAAAAUGAAAAAAAUACGUAAUUGUAAGUGGCAAUUUUCUUGUCUGA